UACAGCCGAGCCGCUGUGGGUUCAGAUUUCAGACGGCCCCUAUCGGCCAUGCGCUACGCAGUGGGCGAGUGUUGGCGGCGGUGGUGAACUGAAGUUAGUGGUGGAAUUGAUCCAGGCAAGUACCUACUGCGGGAUCGAGCCUGAAGAGAGAGCGGUCGGCACUGAUGGAACUAUUGUGAUACUGAGGCGUUUGGCAGCAAUCAGUCUGAAGCAAAAGCCAAAGCAGCUGGUCUGAGUGCCUAAAGAUCAUUGUUGUUAUCUUGGAGAACCAGUGACGUCAUCAGCAGUUGUGAUCCACCAGUGACGUCAUCACUUAACUUUCACACCGCCUCUCUGAAGACCCUGCCGCUGCGUCUGCAGCUACCCACCGUGCACAAUGCAGCCGCAUCGUCUGUCGCUACUUCUACCUCUACUGCUGGAUGUGGUAGCUGUGCACCCAACUCUGUCCCGCUACGAACCCACGUGGGAGUCCCUGGACUCGCGUCCCCUACCCAGCUGGUAUGAUGAAGCUAAAGUGGGAAUCUUCCUCCAUUGGGGAGUGUUCUCUGUUCCCGCAUUCGGCGGGGCCUGGUUCUGGAACUUCUGGCGUCAAGACAAGAAGCCAGAGUACGUGGAGUUUAUGAGGAAGAACUACCGCAAGGGGUUCACCUAUGCGGACUUUGCGCCGCACUUCCGAGCGGAGAUGUUUGAUCCAGAGCACUGGGCGGAGAUCUUCCAAAAGUCCGGAGCCAGGUAUGUGGUGCUGACGGCCAAACAUCACGAGGGGUUCACUCUCUGGCCGAGCAAGCGGUCGUGGAACUGGAAUGCCAUGGAUGUCGGUCCAAAGCGGGAUCUCGUGGGCGAUCUGGCGAAGGCCAUUAGGAAGAGCACAGACAUGCGGUUCGGGGUGUAUCACUCCUUGUACGAGUGGUUCAACCCGCUGUAUCGGAACGACCGAGCCGCCAAUCGGAGUGACUUUGUCACCGGCAAGACGAUCCCGGAACUCCACGAGUUAGUGGAGGCGUAUCAUCCGGACGUGAUCUGGUCGGACGGAGACUGGGACGACAAGCCUGAAUACUGGACCUCCAAAGAGUUCCUGGCGUGGCUCUACAACGACUCGCCGGUGCGGGAGACAGUGGUCACCAACGACCGCUGGGGGAAGGGGACCACCUGCCGCCACGGUGGCUUCCUCACCUGUAGCGAUCGCUUCAACCCGGGGCGACUCGUCUCGCGCAAGUGGGAGAACGCCUUCACCCUGGAUCGCAACAAGUGGGCGUAUCGUCGUCAGAUGCAGCUUAAGGACAUCCUAAGCAUCGAAGAACUCCUCGCAGAGUUGGUCUCAACGGUCAGCUGUGGAGGUAACGCGCUCAUCAACAUCGGCCCAACUGCGGACGGACGCAUCAUUCCAACAUUCGAAGAGCGCUUGACUCAGCUGGGCGAGUGGCUGAGCAUCAACGGAGAAGCGGUCUAUGAGUCACGACCGUGGAAGGCUCAGAACGACUCUCUCCGAGGUGACGUUUGGUACACUCAGCGUCAGGAGGACGUGUUCGCGAUCACACUCUCUUGGCCGGAGAAUGGGAGUCUCAUGCUAGGCUCAGCGCCGAAGGAAGCGACUAGCUGUGAACUGCUUGGGUAUGGCGCAGUGAAAUGCGCCGAGGGCCGUGUUGAAUUUCCUGGUCUGGUACAGGUCCGCGGUCGCUGGGCAUGGGUGGUGAGGUUCGCUGGCGUGAAAAAGGCCGGUAAAGGGGUGACGGAGAAGAUCGGCGAAGUCCUGCCAAACAUCGGUAACGAGUUACUCUGAAAUGACAACAAGGAGGGUCUAUGAAGGUUAUUAACGUUAUUUUAGACGCGUAAAGCGAAGGUGAUACUACUUGGGGAAAGGUAUGGGAGAAUAUUCUUUAAUAUGUGGGCACCGAGGGAGAAAGCCGAAGAAGUUCGGUGUGUGUUACGUCAUCGAAUAUGUAUUGAAUAUCAUAACUGUGUUACCAUUGUUUUCCGCAGCAGCAUAAUCUAUGACGCUGAAACUAGCUGUAUGUAUGCCUACCGAUAAAACAUGUGAAUAAACACAUAUUACUGAGUA